AUGGCCGCUUGCGGGUCGCACCUCCCUUUCCCGCCGGGUCGCACCUCCCUUUCCCGCCAGGUCGCACCUCCCUUUCCCGCCAGGUCGCACCUCCCUUUCCCCCCAGGUCGCACCUCCCUUUCCCCCCAGGUCGCACCUCCCUUUCCCCCCAGGCCGCUCCUCUCAAUUUCCCAGGUCGCACCUCCCAUUUCCCCCCAGGUCGCACCUCCCAUUUCCCCCCAGGUCGCACCUCCCAUUUCCCCCCAGGUCGCACCUCCCAUUUCCCCCCAGGUCGCACCUCCCAUUCCCCCCAGGUCGCACCUCCCAUUUCCCCCCAGGUCGCACCUCCCAUUUCCCCCCAGGUCGCACCUCCCAUUUCCCCCCAGGUCGCACCUCCCAUUUCCCCCCAGGUCGCACCUCCCAUUUCCCCCCAGGUCGCACCUCCCAUUUCCCCCCAGGUCGCACCUCCGCCUACCUCCUCCCGUCCCUCACCCCCAUGUUCCUUCCCAACCCCGCCCUCAGCACAUUUUAUCUCCUCCCUGUCCUCCUCUCUCCCCCCUGUCAUCCUCUCUCCCCCCGUCCUCCUCUCUCCCCCCUGUCCUCCCCUCUCCCCCCUGUCCUCCCCUCUCCCCCCUGUCCUCCCCUCUCCCCCCUGUCCUCCCCUCUCCCCCCUGUCAUCCUCUCUCCCCCCUGUCCUCCUCUCUCCCCCCCUGUCAUCCUCUCUCCCCCCUGUCAUCCUCUCUCCCCCCUGUCAUCCUCUCUCCCCCCCGUCCUCCUCUCUCCCCCCCGUCCUCCUCUCUCCCCCCCGUCCUCCUCUCUCCCCCCUGUCCUCCGCCCCCACGCAGUCCUCCUCUGUUCACGCUGUCCUCUCUCAUCCCCUCCUCCCCUCUGUACGCCCUUCCUCUCCUCCUCCAGCCCGUCAUCCCCUCGUUUCCCUUCUCCCGUUUCCCUCCCCCCCAUAUCCAUUCCCCCCAUUUCCCGCCCCCCCACUUCCUUUUCCCCCAUUUCCCUUGCCACCGUUCCCCUCUCCCCCACUUCCCGUCCCCCCAAUCUCCCUUCUCUCCGUUUCCCCUCCCCCCGUUUCCCUCCCCCCCGUUUCCCUUCCCCACGUUUCCCCUCCCCCCGUUUCCCUCCCCCCCGUCGCCCUUCCCCCCGUUUCCCUCCCCCCCGUUUCCCCUCCCACGAUUUCCACCCCCCCGCCCGUUUCCCUUCCCCCCGUUGCCCUUUCACACAUUUCCCUUCCCUCCAUUUCCCGUCCCCCUCCUCGCUGCUUAUUCCCUCCUUCCCCCCUCCUCGCUGCUUAUUCCCUCCUUCCCCCCCUCCUCGCUGCUUAUUCCCUCCUUCCCCCCCUCCUCGCUGCUUAUUCCCUCCUUCCCCCCCUCCUCGCUGCUUAUUCCCUCCUUCCCCCCCUCCUCGCUGCUUAUUCCCUCCUUCCCCCCCUCCUCGCUGCUUAUUCCCUCCUUCCCCCCCUCCUCGCUGCUUAUUCCCUCCUUCCCCCCCUCCUCGCUGCUUAUUCCCUCCUUCCCCCCCUCCUCGCUGCUUAUUCCCUCCUUCCCCCCCUCACCCCUCGUUCUCGCUGCUAACCUCCCUCUCAAAUUGCCACCCCCACGCCCGUUUCCCUUCCCCCCGUUGCCCUUUCACACAUUUCCCUUCCCUCCAUUUCCCGUCCCCCUCCUCGCUGCUUAUUCCCUCCUUCCCCCCUCCUCGCUGCUUAUUCCCUCCUUCCCCCCCUCCUCGCUGCUUAUUCCCUCCUUCCCCCCCUCCUCGCUGCUUAUUCCCUCCUUCCCCCCCUCCUCGCUGCUUAUUCCCUCCUUCCCCCCCUCCUCGCUGCUUAUUCCCUCCUUCCCCCCCUCCUCGCUGCUUAUUCCCUCCUUCCCCCCCUCCUCGCUGCUUAUUCCCUCCUUCCCCCCCUCCUCGCUGCUUAUUCCCUCCUUCCCCCCCUCACCCCUCGUUCUCGCUGCUAACCUCCCUCUCAACUUGCCACCCCCCCGCCCGUUUCCCUUCCCCCCGUUGCCCUUUCACACAUUUCCCUUCCCUCCAUUUCCCGUCCCCCUCCUCGCUGCUUAUUCCCUCCUUCCCCCCUCCUCGCUGCUUAUUCCCUCCUUCCCCCCCUCCUCGCUGCUUAUUCCCUCCUUCCCCCCCUCCUCGCUGCUUAUUCCCUCCUUCCCCCCCUCCUCGCUGCUUAUUCCCUCCUUCCCCCCCUCCUCGCUGCUUAUUCCCUCCUUCCCCCCCUCCUCGCUGCUUAUUCCCUCCUUCCCCCCCUCCUCGCUGCUUAUUCCCUCCUUCCCCCCCUCACCCCUCGUUCUCGCUGCUAACCUCCCUCUCAAAUUGCUACCCCCUCUCGCUUUCUCGCUCCCAUCCCCCUCGCACCUCCGCGGUAUCGCUGCUCAUUCCCGUCUGCGCCUCACGCCUCCUCGCCGCAAAUUCCGGUUCCCGGAAACGUUUUACCCGCUACUCAAUUCAGGACAGCAGUAG